UUAGAAGACUUCCUAAGUGUUGGGUAGACUGGAGAAAAGCCUCCCAAGCCAGAAUCAAAGCCUGGGAGGCAGGGGCAUCGCCAGGAUUCUGGCAAGAAACAGAGGCUGUUUGUGUUCCAAUACCGAGUCCUUCACCACACUCCUAGUGAAGCUGGCCUUGUACGCCUGAGCUGGCGCUGCCCAGCUGGGGACUGCUCCUCACGCUGGAGGCGAUGGGGUCCUCACUCGUUCAGCAGCCCCAGUGGUGACCUGUGACUGCCCAGAGGGGGAGUGCUGUGGUCUUUGGAAGCCCGGGGGUGGGGGGCUGUCAUUUUGACACCCUCCCCAUUCCGCGGGAGGGGCGAGAAGAUCCUCCCGGGGCCAGAGAUGGCUAAAAACCCACGCAGCCAGAGGGUCUCUCCGGGGAGGCAUAGGAUGGGAGGGCCGUAAUGGCUGGGGGUGCUCUGGCAGGGCGAAACCGCAAUGAUCUGAGCGCCGCCUCUCCCCCCACCUACCCACCCAGGGGCCCGGAGCUCCUCCCAGCUUUUCUGGGAGCGGGUGGGGGUCCGAGCGGCCAAAGCGAGUCCCGGGGGAGGGGCGGGCCGAGGUGUAGCGCUCGGAACAAAGACCCACUCUGGGGUCCUGGUGAGCGCGGCUCCCCGGGGGCGGGGGCGGGCCCCCUCCCUCAUCAGUUCCUCCUUCUCCGCCCCUUCUUCCACUCGGAGGCCCAGCAGGCGCGCAGCCUGGGCUGCGCCAACUUCACCACCAGUUCCCAAGUUGCCGGGCGCUCAGGGGUGGGAGCUAGGUGGGCUGAGGAAGAGGAGGAGGGCUCCCCAAGCGCUUUGGACGCCGUUCAGGAAUCCGCCGCCGCCGCGGGCCGCUCGUCGGCCCGGGCCCGAGCGGGGAGGGCGCCAGGCAGGACCGCUCGCUCGCUCGCUUGCUGCGCAGGACGGCGCCCGCCUGGCGCCGCUUCCUGCCCGGCGUGCGAACCCGCGGGGCCGCGCCUCCCACCCACCCAGCCGCCAACGCCGCUGCCCGCGGGGAGGGCGCAGAUCCCAGGCCUUGAGGGAUCUGGAGUCCCAGAGCUGCUUCUGCCGGGUUCUUCAAGACAGGAGAGCAAAGUUGCUAGCGGAUUCUGCCCGCGCCGGACCCAGCCGCGAAGAGUGGGAUCCGCCCCCGCCGGAGGAGGCUUGGCGGCCGGGGUCUCAGACAAACUGAAACAGAUCCCACAAUCCCUGGUAGAUGCCAACAGCACCGACCCAGCCCUGGUCUUGGCUGAGAAUGCAUCCCUCUUGUCCCUGAGUGAGCUUGAUUCAGCCUUCACGCAGCUGCAGAGCCGCCUGCGAAACCUCAGUCUGCAGCUGGGUGUGGAGCCAGCGGAGGAGGCCGAGCCGGAUGAAGAGGGGGACCAGGAGCAACCACCGCGACCCUUUGAGUCCCCGCGCCGGCGCCACGUACUCCUCAUGGCCACCACCCGCACCGGCUCCUCGUUCGUGGGCGAGUUCUUCAACCAGCAGGGAAACAUCUUCUACCUCUUCGAGCCUCUGUGGCACAUUGAGCGCACGGUGUCCUUUGAGCCAGGAGGUGCCAAUGCCGCGGGCUCCGCGCUUGUCUACCGUGACGUGCUCAAGCAGCUCUUCCUGUGCGACCUGUACGUCCUGGAGCAUUUCAUCAGCCCCCUGCCCGAGGACCACCUGACCCAGUUCAUGUUCCGCCGGGGCUCCAGCCGCUCCCUCUGCGAGGACCCGGUCUGCACACCCUUCGUCAAAAAGGUCUUUGAGAAGUACCACUGCAAGAACCGCCGCUGUGGUCCCCUCAACGUGACGCUGGCCGCCGAGGCCUGCCGCCGCAAGGAGCACAUGGCGCUCAAGGCCGUCCGCAUCCGGCAGCUGGAGUUCCUGCAGCCGCUGGCCGAGGACCCCCGGCUGGACCUGCGCGUCAUCCAGCUGGUGCGCGACCCCCGGGCCGUGCUGGCCUCCCGCAUGGUGGCCUUCGCCGGCAAGUACGAGACCUGGAAGAAGUGGCUGGCCGAGGGCCAGGAGCAGCUGAGAGAAGAGGAGGUGCAGCGGCUCAGGGGCAACUGUGAGAGCAUCCGCCUAUCGGCCGAGCUGGGCCUGAGGCAGCCGGCCUGGCUGCAGGGCCGCUACAUGCUGGUGCGCUACGAGGACGUGGCGCGCAGGCCCCUGCAGAAGGCCCGCGAGAUGUACCGCUUUGCAGGCAUACCCCUGACCCCGCAAGUGGAGGACUGGAUCCAAAAGAACACACAGGCGGCCCGUGAUAGCAGCGGCAUCUACUCCACCCAGAAGAACUCCUCGGAGCAGUUCGAGAAGUGGCGCUUCAGCAUGCCCUUCAAGCUGGCUCAGGUGGUGCAGGCCGCCUGCGGCCCCGCCAUGCACCUCUUCGGCUACAAGCUGGUGGGGGAUGCCACCUCCCUCACCAACCGCUCUGUUAGCCUGCUGGAGGAGCGUGGAACCUUCUGGGUCACGUAAAGGACCUGGGGCCACUGUGCACCCCUCCUCAGGGAAGCCCCGCCCUGCCUUCCUCACCCCCAGGGCCAGCGGUGAGACGGCGCACGCGCAGAGGGCCGGCCGGAAGCCUGGCAGUGAGUUGGCACCCCCUCCGCUGUAGAAAUAGGCCCAAGCCAGCUAGCGUUCCCACUGCAACGAGGGCCCAGGGCAUCUUGCUGGGAACAGGACAGUGCCCGGCCCUCUUAAGGGUCGGCAAACCCAGACCCCAGGGCCUGAGGUCUGAGCUGGCCCACACAGGCCCGGACCUAUUGACGAGUCUUUCAUUUGCUCUCUCCUGCGCACACGCGCGCACACACACACACACAAAACACAUAAAUGCCCCUAGACCCUGUGGGCCAAAGUCCAAAUAUUUAACAACCAGAAGGGGCUGUGGGCACUGACCAGGCGCAGUUGGACCUCCUGCUGUAGUCAGUGUUAACCUUUCAGUUGUUAGACUUCUACACAAACCAGUGUGGAAUAUGGGUGGGUUGCUGGGAAGGGGCUGGGACAGCCCAAAGUAUCAGAGGAGGGUAACUGGGGUUUACCAACCAAGAAUGAUUCAAUAUUUUCGUAAAUGGACUAGCUGUGCUGGUUAGUGAUGAAAUCAGCCCUGUAUAGAGCUAUAGCACCCAUAUGUAAAGACAAAUGCCUACAUACCACAUUAGACAGAAAAACAGAAAAGCUCAAAUCCAUACAAACACACACAUAUAUAGGCGAGCUUUCCCAUUGCUUUAUGCUCACAGGGUUUAUCUGUAUCACUCACCUAAAGAGGAGACUUUAAUUACAUGUUAAGAAUUAUUUGGGGAACAGAGGAAGGAAACACUAUCAUGUAACAUGACCCCAUUCCCAACCAAAUUUGGGACUGAACAGUGGAUACAAAACUGCCAGGUCUGCGGCCUCUGCCCACCUUGGGUUCUCUUGGCUACCACCUCUGGCCUAAUCCUGUCCUUACUGCUGGCAGGCAGGAUGUUUUGAAAUGGCGUGGCUGACCCUCAGAUGACUAUAGCCCAAAGGCUCCAUUCCAGCUCAGCUGGCUGCCUGAGAGCAUGUCCAUAUUUGAAGGCUGCCUCAGGCCUGAUUGGCAGAAGCAGCUGUGGUCCCUGGAGACAAAAGGCAGCUCACAGGGCCUGCCACUUUCAGCCAAGCCUCAUGUGGGGCAGGGCACAGGAGAAAACACAGAGUGCUCUUGGGGAGAAGUCACAUCAGCAUACCGUCUCCCCUGAAAAGACAGGGGACAGAGGUCAGCCUCACUGUUGGUCACCAUGGUUACAUGGUUAGUGUCUGGAAUUCCUCCUUUAGGCUCUGGGAAGAAUAUUGCUCAACUCGGGAUGGGCUGGGUGUUUUCUUUGUUGUUGUUGUUUUUUUAAGUUAUUUAUAGUUUGGUAUCUAAUUUUAUGGCUGUGUUUUUGGUUUUGUUGCUGUAGGAGUGCCACUUAGAACCAGUCUAGGCUUGAGGGGCCGAAGGAGUCUAGGAGGACCAGCAGGGAUCUCUCUGGUUCUUGCCAGAGGGAGAGGAGGAGGUGGGGGCGCCUUCCCCGAGAAGUAUCAGCGCCCAGGUGGCCAAGUGGGAGCCCUCAGAGCCCCACAGUCUUUUCUGUUUGAACCCAUGUGAAUCUCAGAAACUACCAGCAUUCUUUGCCACUUUGUGUUCAGAAGCAGCAUAAAUUAGCAGCUCUCACCCCCUCCCCAAGAAGAUGCCAAAUUUGAACAUCUCUCCCAGGGCCAAACACAUUUCCUGGGUGGGUCAGGGGCCAGUGACCAAGCAGCAGAUGUCCCCAAAGAAGCAUUUCCCCACUUCCACCCCAAACUGGGAGAGUUCAGUACCACCUCAGAACUUGCAGGGAGCUGCAUCCACUCACUAAGGGCUGUUUCUGAUUUCCUGGACAACCUCUCUGUCAGAUGUGUCCCAUUGUCAAACCCUGAGGGCUGAGUUUUGGCUUGGAUAAUAAUGACACGAGAGAAAUACAGGGUCUGGGUCCAGCCGGUGUUGCCCUUGGGAAGGGAGCAGUGUGCCCUGGCUGGAAGCUGCUGUUUGAAAAGGUGAGGACUGUAGCAUCUGUGGGGUCCAUUAUAAUCACCUUAUUUGAGCUGCCGGGUCUCCACCACCAUGGACGUCAACCAUUCAAGGAGGUCUCCACUUCAGGUUUUCCAAUCCAAGAAUAAGUUGGGCAAGGAGCAGACUCGAAUUUAGGGUCCAAGUGACUCCAGCUCUGAGAACUUGGGGCAGAGUGGGGCCAGGAUGUUUCUGGCAGGCCCAGAAGUGCUGGCCGUUUUUUUUUCCUGGCCCCACCCUGCUCCCUGCACUGUUCCCCACCUCCGGUGGUAGGGCACGCACCUCCAUCCGCACCUCCAUCCGUGGCUCUUCCUGGGGCCCUCCCAGUGUGGAUAGCAAACUUCUUCUUUCCUAUGCCUCUGGGGCCAAGACCUCCACCCUUGAGCCCUGAGGACAGUACUGGGAAUGGACCUUUAGGACUUCUUAGGACCAUGACAAUUUGUACACUGCAAGCUGACUUUAUUUAUUUAUUUUGUGAAAAUGAAGAGACAGAAAAUACCUUUACUAUUUGCAGGGACUCAAAGCUGUGCCCAAAUCAAGAAAGAAAAUAAUAAUAGAAACCAUUCACUCACUCCAUAUACACAAGGAUACUGGAAGAUAAUUCAGAAUACAAGAGAGGAUCAAGCCAAGAGUACAGGAGUCACGAUGGCCCCAGGCCAUUGUGUAAGGAGAUAUCUUGGUUUUCUCUUGGCGAUUUGAAAAUGCAACAUUCAAGUCCCUUUUUGCUGAAUUGCCUUUGCCCAAGUAUCUGACACAACUCAAAUGAAUGCUGCCUUGAGGCUCAGCAACCUCUGGAGAGCCUCGGGGUUUGGAGAACAGGGUGGGGGUAAUUAAUGACUUCACCACCAUAGGACCUGGAGUUAUGCCUUUGGGGUUCUCCACUUGGAGCUGGGCUUGGGUAGGUGGUCCACCCGGGGGCUUGGGCUCCUCUUCCGGAGAGGCCAGCCCUGGUUCCUCUGUCCCUGAUGGCUCCCCCAGGAGCCUUCCCCUCCACAGCAUCCACCUGCCUAGACAUGGAGCAGCUGAGGCCUUACCUCUGCUGGCUGCCAGCUUCCCCAGAACAAGAGGCCUUUUCAGCAAUGAGUGUUUACUCAUUUUCUUUUCCUUGAUGAAGACCUUAGUCUGGCCUAUAUAAAUAGUUCAGAACAUUCCAUGCCUUGGUGAGACAGAGCCAUGUCAAACAACCACAGGCUGUCUCCUCUGCUGCCUAUUCCUGGCUUCUUCUCUGGACCUUGUUUGUAAACCUUGCAGUGGCUGUGGGCACUGGGAGGAGGGUCUUUGUUAGUAGUCGAUGGGGGCAGGAUUCCCGAGCCCCACAGAGAGGGGAGAAGCAGCGGAUGUGCAGCUCUGAGGCAUAGUCCCUGCACCUUAUCCCCAAGUUGUUACUAAGGCUGAGAGACAUGAGCAAAAUUUUAGCCUUUUGGCCCUUUAUGUGAUGCACAUACCUGAAAACAACUAAAUGAACAGAAAAAAAGUUUAAUGAAGGGUUUAUUGUCUGUCUGCAAGCACCCUCAGCCUGCUACUGCUGGAAGCUGGUCUAACGGGGCAGACACUGAUCCAACCCCAAGAGCAGAGGGUUUCCCCCCCAUUACAGUGGCAUCUUUCUCUGCCACCUUUGCCAUCUGUGCACUGAUGGGAUGAGUCCCAGAAGGUGGAAUGCUGGCCUAGACAGCAGGCAGGGAGAGCAUCAGAUGGCCUGGUCCUCAGCCUGAAGUUCCCUUCGGGCCCUGGGUGUCCCUCUCCCACACUGGGGCCUACUGUGAUUGACUAUAGGACCUGUCCCUUGAUAGGCCCUGGAUUAUGAAAGCCUAUCAUUAUGAAACACAAGACAGAAUGGCCGCGUCCCCAAGGCAGUCACUUCCCACUUCAUCUGCAAAGGCAGCUCCCAGAGGUACGGAUUCCUGAGGCAGGGAGAGAGUGGUGGAGGGGAGAGGUCUGCAGAAGCCAAGCGGGGCUUGUUGACUCAUACAAACUGAAAGGAGCAUCUGCUGAAAUCAGGGGUCAUAUGUUGGUGGGUCUGCUUGUGGAAAUUUCUAGGAUAUGGUCUAGCUAGACAUCAGAGAGAAGACCCAGGGGUUCCUAAAUGCAGUCACAUUGCCCCUCAACUGCCCUGGAUUUCAGGAAUCAUGGAAGCUGCUCUUUACCUCAAAAGGAUGAAGCAGAAUUGGCAACUUCACGUGACUUUAGAGCUUCAAGAUCAUUUGGUCUUGUGACCUUUGUCUGCCUGAGGGAUAAAUUAGUUAUGUUUUCAAGGAUACAGAAGGUGCUAUCCUCGUGGGCCUAGCUCAUAUCAUAACCAGGUAUUUUACUGGGGAAAGAAAAUGACUCAUGUACCCUGCUUCCUUUAACAUUGGACUUGAACUGGGGGCCCCCUGAAGUCUCCACCUCAUCUGUAUGUUCUAGGCCAAGUUUGCCUUGUCCCUGGCUUCCUCCUGGAUCCUGGAAACUCUGUCUUUUUGCCAAGACUCAGCCCGGUGUCAUGUCUCAUGGCCACAUGGUAUGGCACAUUCACUUCAUGGCCAUACAUGGCCAUGGUGUGUACAUGUGUCCACAGUGUGUAUGUGUAGCAUACAGCUCAUUCUGCUCGGCCACGUAGCUCCAGGCCGCCUUGCCAUCAAUGUCACAGCUGUCCUUGCCAUGCCCUUCCCUCUGCCAUUCCUGGAAACUCAGGGGCUGCCCUUUAGAGAGCUGGCAGUCUCCACCAGUCAGGGUCUGCUUUGUGGAACAGAAUGUGAACCCAUCACUUGAUGGCUUACUUAUUAAAAAUGAAAACAUGCAAUGAGCAAAUCUGAAGUGUGUCUCUUUCUUUUGCAUUUGUUCUUAGCAACAAUCAUAAAAAUUAAAGGAAACAGAAAUCAACUGUAGGAAAGGCAGGGCCUACAUGCAGCAGGGAAACCCCACCCACUCCUC